GGGGAGGGAGCGGCGCCGGGGCACAGGCGGGGGGCGGUGGCGGCGUGAGGAGCUGCCCGGCUGUUGCUCCGCUCAAAGCUCUGCUCGGCUUUUUCUUUUUUUUUUUUUUUUUUUUGUUUUUCUUUUUUUUUUUUUUUUUCCCUCGAGCAUUUUUACACAGCCGCUCGCUCACCGCAGUUCUUCUGCGGAGGUACACUUACCGGUAGCUGCACGUCUAGCACGGGCUGUUCGGUCUCUUUCCCCGCAGAGCCCGAGCGCCCGGUCCAGCGGAGCGCGGCCAGACCCCCGCGGCCAGGGGCUCCCUCAGCCACCGCGCUCUGCCUCGCCCGCCCCUGCAGCGCCAUGGAUCACCAGCCCAAGUUCUUCGAGAACCUCUCAGGCACCGGGAAGGCCAUCGGGGUGCUGACCAGCGGCGGCGAUGCCCAAGGUAUGAAUGCUGCUGUGCGCGCAGUAGUACGCAUGGGAAUCUAUGUAAAAGCCAAAGUCUAUUUUGUUUAUGAGGGUUACCAGGGAAUGGUUGAUGGAGGUGAUAAUAUUGUAGAAGUUUCAUGGGAAAGCGUUUCAAGUAUCCUGCAAGUGGGAGGUACAGUUAUUGGCAGUGCACGCUGCAAGUCCUUCCGUACACAUGAGGGCCGCCUGCAGGCAGCCUACAACCUGGUGCAGAGGGGGAUCACCAACCUCUGUGUGAUCGGCGGGGACGGCAGCUUGACCGGCGCCAAUCUGUUCCGGGAGGAGUGGAGUGGACUUCUGGAGGAACUGGCGCAGAACGGAAAGAUUGAUGCAGAGGCUGUUAAGAAAUAUGCUUACCUUAACAUUGUGGGAAUGGUUGGAUCCAUAGACAAUGACUUCUGUGGCACUGAUAUGACCAUAGGUACUGACUCAGCUUUGCACAGAAUAAUUGAAGUUGUUGAUGCCAUCAUGACCACUGCUCAAAGCCAUCAGAGGACAUUUGUUCUGGAGGUUAUGGGAAGACACUGUGGGUAUCUAGCUCUGGUUAGUGCCUUAGCCUGUGGUGCAGAUUGGGUAUUUAUUCCCGAAUACCCACCAGAAGAAGGCUGGGAAGAUAUGAUGUGUGUUAAGCUUUCAGAGAAUCGUGCACGAAAGAAAAGGCUGAAUAUUAUUAUUGUAGCUGAAGGAGCUAUUGAUUGCCACAACAAACCUAUAACAUCAGAGAAGGUUAAGGAUCUCGUGGUUCAGCGGCUUGGUUUUGACACCCGAGUGACUAUCUUGGGUCAUGUGCAAAGAGGUGGAACCCCUUCAGCUUUUGACAGAAUUCUGGCGAGUCGUAUGGGUGUGGAAGCUGUGCUUGCCCUCCUAGAAGCUACUCCAGCUACCCCUGCCUGUGUCGUGUCCCUGUCUGGAAACCAGGCUGUCCGUCUGCCUCUGAUGGAGUGUGUGCAGAUGACUCAAGAAGUCCAGAAAGCCAUGGAUGAGGGAAGAUUUCUUGAGGCUGUGAGGCUUCGUGGAAAGAGCUUUGAAAACAACCUAAACACUUACAAAUUACUGGCGCACAAAAAACCAGAUGCCGAACUUCCAAAGACUAAUUUUAAUGUGGCAGUUUUAAAUGUUGGUGCCCCUGCAGCUGGAAUGAAUGCUGCAGUGAGGGCUGCAGUGAGAGUUGGCAUAACUGAAGGCCACAAAAUGUUUGCUGUCAUUGAUGGAUUUGAAGGUUUUGCUAAAGGAAAGAUAAAGGAAAUCAGCUGGGGAGAUGUUGGAGGCUGGACUGGUCAAGGAGGAUCAAUUCUUGGUACAAAACGUACUCUUCCUGCAAAAUAUUUGGAGAAGAUUGCUGAGCAGAUGCGCACGAACAACAUUAACGCCCUUAUGGUUAUUGGUGGAUUUGAGGCUUACCUCGGACUUCUGGAAUUGUCAGCUGCCCGGGAGAAAUAUGAUGAAUUCUGUGUUCCAAUGGUUAUGGUUCCUGCAACUGUAUCCAACAAUGUACCGGGUUCAGAUUUCAGCAUUGGUGCAGAUACUGCUCUGAACACUAUAACUGAUACGUGUGACCGGAUCAAACAGUCGGCCAGUGGCACCAAGCGCCGCGUGUUCAUCAUCGAGACCAUGGGUGGUUAUUGUGGUUACCUGGCCAACAUGGGGGCCCUGGCAGCAGGAGCUGAUGCUGCUUAUAUCUUUGAAGAACAGUUUGAUAUUCGAGAGCUCCAGGCUAAUGUGGAACACUUGACUGAAAAAAUGAAAACCAGUAUCCAGCGUGGUCUAGUGCUGAGAAAUGAGAACUGCAAUGAGAACUACACAACUGACUUCAUUUAUCAGCUGUAUUCUGAGGAAGGAAAAGGAGUGUUUGACUGUCGAAAAAAUGUAUUGGGCCACAUGCAGCAGGGUGGAGCACCUUCGCCGUUUGAUAGAAAUUUUGGGACAAAAAUUUCAGCAAAAGCUAUGCAGUGGAUCUCCAAAAAACUGAAAGAAACCUACCGGAAAGAACCAGGAAAAGUAUUUGCCAAUACUGAGGACUCAGUGUGUUUGCUGGGAAUGCGCAGACGCAACCUUGUGUUCCAACCCGUGGCUGAGCUCAAGAGUGAAACAGACUUUGUGCACAGGAUUCCCAAGGAGCAGUGGUGGCUGAAGCUGCGACCACUGAUGAAGAUCCUGGCCAAGUACAAGACUAGUUAUGAUGUGUCAGACUCAGGCCAGCUGGAGCAUGUGGCCAUGCUCCCCAAGGAAGCAGUGCCCGCAGCCAUCUAAACACAUCACAUUUAGAUCGUUGUCAUAGAUGCUCAUUGUGAGUAACAAUGCUUUAGAAUCGUUACAGCUUUGUUUUGUAACAUUUAAAUUAUUGUUCCAGCACUUUAUGUGAAACAAGACGUUCAGCUGUCACACAGAUUUUGUCCUGUAUGUGUGUUAUGUUUGAGACAAACCCUUGCAUCUAAUGGAAGAGCACCAGUUACUGAUACUGCCCUUUAACAAAGCAAGUGCAACACCGUUCUAUGCACUCUGUAAGUUACUCAUCUACUGCACUUUGUUUCAGAGUACUUACACCCCAAAACUAAGUGUAGAUGGCUAGCUUUGUGUUGAGUUACAGGAUGUGCUUAAUGUUCCUGAAGUGAAAUAAAGUACUGUUGCAAACAUCA